AGAGAGAAGGAGAGAUGAGAAAAGGGCUCCUUCAAUUUCUUCAAUCACGCACAUACACAAACAGAUAUAAAAGAAGCACUUUCUACUCUCUUUCUUCCUGUAAUCUUGUUCCUUAUUCUUUAGUUUUAUCACUUCCUCCUAAAAAACCCUUCUAUAACUAGAACAAAAAAUUCAAUCUUGAACUCACCACCUCUUUUCUUUAUCUAUGUUAUAAUCGUGGGUUUCGUAGAUUUUCAUUGACUGCGUAUUACACAACCUAUGAAUUUCGACCGACUUCCCAUCUGGGUUUGUCCUGCAUAUUAUCUCUAAGCCCCACUUCUUGAAAAAAAAAAAUGAAUCUUGGAGCGAAUCCCAUGUCUUUUAGUACUUCGAGCGUUUCUUGGAAGUCCGGCGAUGGAGUUUCUGAUCAAUUUCCUGCGGGUCUGAGGGUUCUUGUCGUGGAUGAUGACCCAACUUGUCUGAGAAUCUUGGAGAAGAUGCUUAAGAAUUGUUUUUAUGAAGUAACCAAAUGUAGUCGAGCUGAGAUUGCCUUGAAGUUGCUUAGGGACAACAAAGAUGGGUUUGACAUUGUUAUAAGCGAUGUACACAUGCCUGAUAUGGAUGGUUUCAAGCUUCUUGAGCACGUUGGACUCGAAAUGGACUUGCCCGUCAUCAUGAUGUCGGCUGAUGAUAGCAAAAAUGUGGUGAUGAAAGGAGUGACUCACGGUGCAUGUGACUAUCUCAUUAAACCUGUUCGCAUGGAAGCUCUGAAAAACAUAUGGCAACACGUGGUUCGCAAGAAGAAGUACGAAUGGAAGGAAAAGGAACAAGAACAGUCGGGAAGUGUGGAGGAUGGUGAAAGGCAGCCGAAGCAGGAAGAUGUGGAUUACUCUUCCUCGGCCAAUGAAGGGAAUAAUUGGAAAAGCUCCAAGAGAAGGAAGGAGGAUGAAGAAGGUGAAGAUAAGGAGGACACGUCUACUCUCAAGAAGCCGAGGGUCGUUUGGUCAGUCGAGCUUCACCAGCAAUUUGUAACGGCUGUCAAUCAACUCGGGAUAGACAAGGCCGUCCCCAAGAAAAUCCUCGAAUUAAUGAGUGUCCCGGGCCUCUCUCGAGAGAAUGUAGCCAGCCACCUACAGAAAUAUCGCCUUUACCUCAAAAGACUCAGCGGCCAGCACCAGAAUGGGCUCGGAAACUCAUACAUGGGCCCAACCGACCCAUCGUUCGGCCCACUAAAUCCACUCAACGUAAACGGGCUCGACUUCCACACCCUUGCCUCAAGCCCACUUCCAGUACAGAGCCUGGCCUCAAUCCAGGCAGCUUCUCUCAACCGUAACCCCACAAACAGAUUUCCCUUAUCAUCCCACAUCGACCAACGGAAUAUAUUCAGCUUUGAAAACCAGAGGAUAAACCACCCCAACGCACAAAUCCGGCCAGUGAAUUUACUCCACGGAGUCCCCACCAGCAUGGACUCGAGACAGCUGGCAUUUACGAACGUGAAUUUACCGAUAACCCCCCAACUGAGAACCCAAAUGCUGACUCAUCAUCAACCCGCUUUCUCACAGGCGAUUGCCACCACUGUCCCGGGUCUGAGUGGGCCCACUAAUUUCGUUGACUUUUCAAGAAGUCAACGCCCGAAUUUUCCGGUCAGUACCAAUACUUCUGCUGCUGCUGCUGCUGUGAAUAAUAUUAAUAAUAACAGUAAUAAUGGCUUUUCGCUGGUUGGCAAUCCGGGAAUUCCGAGCACGUCGAGUUAUGAAGUGUUUGGCAACGAGUGGGGAUUGUCGGGCUUUGACGGGCCUCACCAUGUUGGGCCUCAAGCCCGGAUUAAUGUUGGGCCAUCAGUUUUAGUUCAGCCAGGUUCUUCGAACGAGCAGAGUAGGGUCUCGUCUUUUGUUAACCGAGAAGGUUUUUCGGCAGCUGAGGGGCCCAGCAGUAGCAGCCAUAAUACGAAUCUUGUUCAUCCGAUUAAUAAUCCUCCGAUUAAUUCAUCGUCAGCUGAUAAUUCUUCUCGAAUGAAAUCUGAUAGGUUGGGUGACGUGGGCUUUCAGAAUGGGUUGUUUUCGGAUCAGUUAGGUCAGGAGGAUCUCAUGAGUGCACUUCUCAGGCAGCCAGAAGGAUUGAUGCCGAGCGAAAGUGAUUUCAGCUUUGAUGGAUACAGCUUGGAUGAUCUUCCUGUGUGACUGCCUUCUUUACUUUUAGACCCUCUUGUACAUAUUUGCAGUUAGAGCUGAAGUUUGCCCCAUUUACCAUCAAGCAACUUAAGACCUUAGGUUUCUUUUUUCCAUUUAGUUCUUGUUCUUUUUCUUCCCUUCUUUUUGGUUGCUUUAUCGGCUGGCUUUGAUUCUUUCAAAUACAAGAGAACACACGGAGGACAUCUUUCGAAUCCGACUUAUGAUUUGGAGGAAGUGGCGUGGCAUGGUACGCAAAGUGUACUUGCUUUUUCUAGAGUUAGUCGGUUAUUUAGGUUAAUCGAGCAAACUGUCGUUUUUUUUUAAUUCGGGAUUGAAGUCUACUACUCUACUUGGUAUAGCUACAGGUAGACCUGGGGGUACUUGUUUAAUUCAAAUAAGUGAGUUUCCUGUUCUUAUGCAGUACAGAUAUUUGAUUUUGCAAAGAUUGGAAUUGUGUGUUUU